GAAGAUUGCAGGUGUUAUGGUGACGGUAAUCGGUAAAUACGGGUAACUCCAGCACUGCGUAACGGCUUUCUCAGUUUCUGAUCCUCACUCCAUUUUCUCCCUCUACAUUCUCUCUCCGCAUUUCACAUUCCAAAAUUGGAGCAGAAUCCGAAUCGCUUCGAAAGCGAAUUGUGUUGCUGGAUCCAUCUGCAUCUGAACGAUCUUUGAGUUUCGCCGGCGAAGAGGGUGACGGUGGUUCCGCUCUCUCCCGGCGGCGGAUCUGAACGGAGAUGGCGUUGUCUGGCAUGAGAGGUCUCUCCAUCUUUAUCAGCGAGAUCCGAAAUUGCCAGAACAAAGAGCAGGAGAGGCUCCGCGUCGACAAGGAGCUCGGCAACAUCCGAACGCGCUUCAAAAACGACAAGGGCUUGACACCAUAUGAGAAAAAGAAAUAUGUUUGGAAAAUGCUUUACAUACAUAUGCUUGGCUAUGAUGUGGAUUUUGGUCACAUGGAAGCUGUUUCUUUAAUAUCUGCUCCAAAGUAUCCAGAAAAGCAGGUUGGGUACAUUGUGACAUCGUCUCUGCUCAAUGAAAAUCAUGACUUUCUGAGAUUGGCAAUAAACACUGUGCGCAAUGAUAUUAUUGGUCGCAAUGAAACGUUCCAGUGCCUAGCAUUGACCAUGGUUGGAAAUAUUGGUGGGAGAGAAUUUUCCGAGUCCUUAGCACCUGAUGUACAGAAAUUGCUGACAUCUAGCAGCUGCAGACCACUUGUGAGAAAAAAAGCUGCUUUGUGUUUGCUGCGACUAUACAGGAAAAACCCUGACGUUGUCAAUGUAGAUGGGUGGGCGGAUCGGAUGACACAACUUUUGGAUGAACGAGAUCUUGGUGUUUUGACAUCAUCUAUGAGUCUUCUUGUUGCCUUAGUGUCCAACAAUUACGAGGCAUACUGGAGUUGUGUUCCAAAGUGUGUCAAAAUUUUGGAACGCCUAGCUAGAAACCAGGAUAUUCCACAGGAAUAUACUUACUAUGGUAUCCCAUCUCCUUGGCUUCAGGUCAAAACAAUGAGGGCUCUUCAGUAUUUUCCCACCAUUGAAGAUCCAAACACCAGAAGAUCAUUGUUUGAUGUUUUACAAAGGAUACUCAUGGGCACUGAUGUUGUGAAAAAUGUGAACAAAAAUAAUGCAUCCCAUGCUGUUCUUUUUGAAGCCCUUGCUCUGGUAAUGCAUCUGGAUGCUGAAAAAGAAAUGAUGUCUCAGUGUGUGGCACUUCUUGGAAAAUUUAUUGCCGUUCGUGAGCCAAACAUUCGAUAUCUUGGCUUGGAAAAUAUGACUAGAAUGUUUAUGAUUACAGAUGUACAAGAUAUCAUAAAAGGACAUCAAGCUCAGAUUAUUACAUCAUUGAAGGAUCCCGACAUCAGUAUUCGGAAGAGAGCUCUAGAUUUGCUUUAUAGCAUGUGUGAUGUUUCAAAUGCAAAGGAUAUAGUUGAAGAACUACUGCAGUACCUCAGUACAGCAGAGUUUGCUAUGCAAGAAGAAUUAUCAUUGAAAGCAGCUAUUCUUGCUGAAAAGUUUGCACCAGAUCUUUCAUGGUAUGUUGAUGUGAUUCUUCAAUUAAUUGACAAGGCUGGGGAAUUUAUUAGUGAUGACAUCUGGUUUCAUGUUGUGCAAUUUACUACAAACAAUGAAGACCUACAGCCAUAUGCUGCGGCAAAAGCACGAGAGUAUCUUGACAAACCUGCCAUACACGAAACAAUGGUUAAGGUUAGUGCAUAUAUCCUUGGAGAGUUUGGACACCUUUUAGGGAGACAACCUGGGUGUAGUCCAAAGGAAAUAUUUAACAUUAUACAUGAGAAGCUUCCUACUGUAUCGACUUCUACUAUUCCUAUUCUCCUCUCAACAUAUGCUAAAAUUCUUAUGCACACUCAACCAUCAGACCCUGAACUACAGAAUCAGAUAUGGGCAAUAUUUAAGAAAUAUGAGAGUUGCAUUGAAGUUGAGAUACAGCAACGAGCUGUUGAAUAUUUUGCAUUGAGUAGAAAAGGUACUGCUUUAAUGGAUAUAUUGGCUGAAAUGCCUAAAUACCCUGAGCGGCAGUCUGCAUUGAUCAAAAAGGUGGAAGAUAAUGAAGUUGAUGCUGCAGAACAAAGUGCAACUAAGUUGCGAACCCAGCAGCUCUCUCAAACAUCAAAUGCUUUGGUGGUAACUGACCAAUGUCCUGCUAAUGGAACUCCACCUAUCAGCCAACUUAGUCUUGUAAAAAUACCCAGCCCCAACACAAGCAGCAAUGUGGAUAAUCAUUCAACAAAUCAAAGUUUAUCCCAUGAAAAUGGGACUUCGAGUAAACUAGAUUCUCAAUCUCCCCCUGCUGAUCUCCUUAGUGAUAUCUUGGGUCCUUUGGCAAUUGACGGCUCUCCGAGUAGCAGUGUCCACCCGCAACCAAAUACAAAUUCGGGAAUGGAAGGUGCUGUGGUUGAACCUCUAUCAGCCAUAGUACCUGCUGGAGAGCAGGCCAAUUCUAUGCAGCCCAUUGGAAAUAUAGUUGAAAGAUUUCAUUCUUUGUGCUUGAAGGAUAGCGGUGUUCUAUAUGAGGAUCCUUACAUUCAGAUUGGCAUUAAAGCGGAGUGGAGAGCUCAUCAUGGGCGUCUGGUUCUUUUCAUGGGGAACAAGAAUACUUCUCCUCUUGUCUCUGUUCAUGCUAUACUAUUGCCUCCCACUCAUUUGAAGAUGGAUCUUUCGCUAGUACCAGAAACUAUACCUCCCAGGGCACAGGUGCAAUGUCCACUAGAAAUCAUUAUUCUGCACCCAAGCAGGGACGUAGCUGUUAUUGACUUCUCCUUCAAGUUUGGUAACAAUAUGAUCAAUGCCAAACUUCGCCUUCCAGCUGUCCUAAACAAGUUUCUCCAGCCUGUAGCUGUAUCUGCUGAAGAGUUUUUCCCUCAAUGGAGAUCACUUACUGGACCACCUUUAAAGCUUCAAGAGGUGGUUAGGGGUGUUAGACCACUUCCACUGCUUGAAAUGGCGAACUUAUUCAACAGUUACCAUUUGACUAUUUGCCCAGGGCUUGACCCCAAUCCGAACAAUCUUAUUGCAAGUACAACAUUCUAUUCAGAAAGUACAAGGGCGAUGCUCUGUUUAAUAAGAAUUGAAACGGAUCCAGCAGACAGAACCCAGCUGCGAAUGACGGUUGCUUCAGGAGAUCCCACACUAACGUUCGAGUUGAAGGAGUUUAUCAAGGAACAACUAGUCAGGAUCACCGCAGCAACGCAUACACCUACACAAGAACCACCAAUGGCACAACAAGCCAUUUCUCCAGAAGCAUCGACGGACCCUGGGGCAAUGUUGGCUGCACUUCUGUGACAUUAUAAAGGUGAACGAUGGAUGUUCAGUACACACUCGUAAUUGUAAACAUGAUUUCUCACAAGCCAGCGGAUUGGUUAUACAGAACCAUAUGAGCAAGAGCCUUCGGAAUUGAGGGUGAGUUAUAAUUUGUUGCCCGUUGUGUGUUUGAUUUCUCUGGUUUAAUCGGCAUUUUGAGAUUCUUUCUGCACAAAAUGGCUGUCCAUGAACUCCGAUUUUACUUGGGCGAGGGUUUAAUUCUUAUAAUUUCACCCAUUCCUCUUUCAAUGGAUUGUUUAUAGUGUGUGCACAUAAUACAUGUAAAAUAUUGCCUCGUAUAGAACGAACUGUAAUAGAUCUUUUUAUUCUCUAAUUUGUUUCAAUAAUAGAAUGGGGUUAUACAUAUUUC